UGCGAGAGUUCCGGUGUUGUGAUGAUGAACGUCCCUGCCAACAUGGCGGUCAGCAUCCGCGGCCGUCAGCCCCGGAGUGUACGGAUGAGAGGUCGGAAUGACAGCGGGGAGGAGAAUGUACCGCUGGAUCUUACGCGGGAACCGUCAGAUAACAUGCGUGAGAUCCUUCAGAACGUUGCCAAACCGCAUGGAGUUUCCAACAUGAGAAAGCUCGGCCACCUGAACAACUUUGUUAAGCUACUGAACAGUGUUAACCACUGUGAAGAAAAACUAGGAUUUACAUAUGAGGAAAUCAUUAUUUGUCUGCGUGUGGCUUUGCUAAAUGAGGUGAAAGAAGUUCGUGCUGCGGGUUUGCGCGCGUUGCGGUAUCUGAUCCGUGAGAGCACCGUCCUUCAGAAAGUUCUUCAGCUGCAGGUGGAUUACCUGAUCUCCAGGUGUAUUGACAUCCAGCAGAGUAAUGAGGUGGAAAGAACUCAAGCACUCCGAUUGGUCAGAAAAAUGAUAACGGUGAAUGCGCAGCUGUUCCCAAAGUCGCUGACGAACUCUUUGAUCGCCGUGGCCAAUGAUGGAUUGCAGGAGAGAGAUCGGAUGGUUCGAGCCUGUAUCGCCAUCAUUUGUGAACUUGCGUUGAAAAAUCCAGAGGUGGUGGCCAAGCAGGGCGGUCUGAGCACGAUCCUUAAAAACGUUAUAGACUGUCAGCUGAGCCGCAUCAAUGAAGCACUGAUUACCACCAUACUGCACCUGCUCAAUCACCCACAAACACGACAAUACCUGCGUGCUGAUGUCGAACUAGAGCAAAUUCUUGCACCGUACACAGACUUUCACUACAGGCACAACCCUGACACAGCGGAGGCGCAGAUCAAAGAAGACCGAGAGAGUCGGUUUCUGUCCAGUAAAAUGGCCAUCGUGGCUGCGUUUCGCUCGUGGUCAGGUAUCAUAAAUUUGUGUAAAUCAGGGAACUCAGGUGUCCAGUCAUUGAUUGGUCUGCUCUGUAUACCAAACAUGGAAGUCAGGAAAGCCUUAUUAGAAGUCAUGUAUGACAUCUUCAGAUUGCCUGUUCCUAUGGUGACGGAUGAUUUUGAGGAAGCCCUGCACAGUGUCGAUCCCAGCAGGUUUCAGGACAGCUGGAGGUUAUCCGAUGGGUUUGUAGCAGCGGAGGCCAAAGUCAUAUUGCCACAUCGAGCGCGGUCCAGACCGGACCUCAUGGAUAACUACCUGGCUCUGCUACUGUCAGCCUUCAUCAACAGCGGACUACUGGAGGGUCUGGUGGAGGUGGUGACCGGCAGUGAUGGACAGAUAUCCGUCAGAGCUACUGUACUUCUCGGAGAGCUGCUAUACAUGGCCAAUACAAUUCUUCCUCACUCUCACAGUCAUCAUUUGCACUGUUUACCCACACUGAUCAACAUGGCAGCUUCCUUUGACAUCCCUCAGGAGAAACGAUUGCGCGCCAGUGCUGCGGUUAACCACCUGAAGCGUUUUCAUGAGAAGAAACGGCGCGGGCCCAGACCGUACAGCCUUUACUUGGAUCACAUCUUAUGCAGGACGGCCACUUCAACACACAAGAAGGAACAGCAUCAGCGCUCGAACAAAGAUAUCUUUAUUAUGAAGGAUACUGAAGAGGCACUGAUGAUGAAUCUGAGAGACAGUCAGAUCCUCAAUCACAAACAGAACCUGGAGUGGAACUGGGUUCUUAUCAACACUAUACUGAAGUGGCCAAAUGUGAACCUUAAAAACAACAAAGAUGAACAAAUGCACAAGUUUGUGAGGAGGUUGCUGUAUUUCUAUAAGCCCAGCAGUAAGCUAUACUCCGCUCUAGAGUUGGAUCAUGCUAAAUCCAGACAGCUGACGGUAGCCGGAUGUCAGUUCAUGCAAUUUCUCUUGGAUUCUGAGGAGGACGGUCAGAUGUAUUUAGAAGAGCUGGUGAAGGACAUCGUCCAGUGGCUCACCUCCUCAUCUGGGAUCAAACCUGAACGCAGUCUCCAUAGUAACGGCCUCCUCAACACACUUAGUCAGCACUACUUCCUGUUUCUGGGUACCCUGUCGUCACAACCAAACGGAGUCAAAAUGCUGGAGAAAUGUGGCGUGUUUCAAUGUCUUUUGAACAUGUGUUCAAUGAAAAACCAGGAUCAACUGCUGAAGUUAACGAUGUCAACGCUGGACUACAGUAGAGACGGACUCGCUCGAGUCAUUCUGUCUAAGAUCCUCACAGCAGGCACUGAUAACUGCCGUCUCUACGCCACCAAACAUCUGCGUGUGCUGCUGCGAGCUAACGUGGAGUUUUUCAGUAACUGGGGGAUGGAGUUACUGGUCACACAACUCCAUGACCACAAUAAAAACAUUUCCAUGGAGGCACUGGACAUCCUGGAUGAAGCAUGUGAAGACAAGGCGAACCUGCACACUUUCAUUCACAUGAGACCAGCUCUGUCUCAUCUCGGGGAUAAAGGACUUUUGCUGCUGUUGAGGUUUCUGUCUAUCCCAAAAGGCUUCACAUACCUCAAUGAAAGAGGAUACGUCAACAAAGAGCUGGAAAAGUGGCAGAAGGAAUAUAAUCUUAAGUAUGUGGACAUGAUUGAAGAGCAGUUGAACGAAGCUCUGACGACAUAUCGCAAGCCUGUCGACGGAGACAACUACGUCCGGCGCAGCAACCAAAGGUUACAACGGCCAAAUGUGUUUCUUCCCGUUCAUUUAUAUGGGCAGCUGGUACAUGAUAAAACAGGUUGUCUACUAUUAGAAGCAAAGGGAGUCAUCCAGGAUCUCUGCUGCGCUGUUCGUUCUCCAGUGUUGGAUAAAUGGGAAGGCAUUAAACAACUGAAAGCUGUGCUUUGGGCUCUGGGUAACAUUGGCAGCUCUAACUGGGGGCUCAACCUUCUGCAGGAGGAAAAUGUGCUUCCAGAUAUCAUAGCUCUGGCACAGCAAUGCGAGGUUUUGUCCAUACGCGGUACGUGUCUGUAUGUGCUGGGCGUGAUCAGCCAGACGAGGCAGGGCAGCGACAUGCUCAAGGUUUUAGGAUGGGACUCCGUACGGCACAGUCGCAGACAAAAGUGGCCCGUCGUCCCUGAAGAGGUGGACGCACCUCUGCCCAGUGAACUUUCAUCUGUGCCCAGCACGCUCAGCCUCACCUCGGAGUCCACCGGCUCACGGCACAACAGCGAGAGCGAAAGUCAACCGAGUUUUUAUUUGGAUGAUGGUCGCGAAGGGUUGGACAUGUACGACGACUCUUCGCUCAGCAUACACGUGAAACCUCCAAAAGACAGAAGCCCUUUUACCAUGCUGACCCCGUCGCACAUCAGAAAUCGUUUUCUGAACUCUCUUUCUCUCCCCAUUAAAAAGGGGCGAAGCUCCGGUGACUCCAAAGGCACAACUAAUUCAGGAAAGUCACCCGAGGAGCUGAGGCUCAUCCGGAGAAACCGGACGGCAACUGAACCUUCGAACUACUCUCCUGGCCGCUCGUUUAAGAGCCGCAGUCAGAGCUUUAACACGGACACUACAACCAGCGGCAUUAGUUCCAUGAGCUCCUCGCCUUCCCGGGAGCAGGCCGUAGCCAUGGAUACGGACUGCGCCAGCCUCAACACAGUGGUGAGUGCCAAAACGGUGAAAAUGCAAGACUCGCUCGGUCCUUACUCUGGCCGCGGCCACAUCCCGUUGUCGAAGUCCAAUUCCACAUCCCUGGUUCCGCCCGGGUCGGCACACACGCUUCCCCGCAGGGCGCAUUCGCUGAAAUCCCCCUCUGUGGCCACCAUCAAUAGCCUAGUGGAUUGCAGCUAUAUGUACACCAGUCAACGUGAUGCGUUGGGCUACGACAUGCUAAAACGUCUGCAGCAGCAGAGGAUCCAUCCUUCUCUUUCCCACAGCGAAGCUUUGGCUUCUCCCGCUAAAGACGUUUUGUUUACGGACACGAUCACCAUGAAAACACGCAGCCUUGAUUCACGAUUCACCCCGCGCGGGUUUUUGAAAGCUUUAAGUUUCGCGUCUCUGGAUAAGGAGGACUUGCUGAGUCCGAUAAGUCAUGGCAGCCUGCACCGCUCUUCUUCUCUGCGCUCCAUGGUACCCAACCCCACCUUUGGCUGCAGUGAGGAUUACAUCGGCCUCGCGUUACCCAUGGACAUUAACCACAUAUUUCAGAUUAAAGAAACCUCAUAUUUCCAGAAGAGAACAAGCCCCCCUGCCGGAGAGAAAUCUUCCAGAUUUCUUUUUGGAGAAACUGAUGAGUCGUGUCGUGGUCCUGCCCUGAAGCAGCAGGUCAGCAUCACAGAGCUGUUAAACAGCAGCCGGUCAGAUCAGCAUCAUCUGUUGGGUGAUGAUGAGACUACAGGUUUACAGGAACACACAGAGGAGAACUGCCUGUACUGCAGCGCUCUUACUGCCCUCGGCUCAUACACAAACAACCAUCUGAAUAACACACACACUCGCACAGAUCUGUGUGAGGGUUUCACUGCGUGGCACGGUCAGCCAUCCCAUAAUCACCUGGAGGUGGUCGCCCAGUCUAAGUACUCUGGUGUGUCGGGCUGCAGUGAUGCAGCUGUGAGUCAGGGCUCGGCCAGCAGCACACCCAGUACUGAACUUAUACUGGGUGGUAAGGCAAUAUCUGAGGACGGACCUGCCUGCAGAGUCUUGUUAAGAAAGGAGGUUCUCCGAUUGGUCAUCAAUCUUAGCUCAUCAGUCGGUACCAAAGGCCAUGAAACUGGACUGCUCACGAUAAAGGAGAAGUUUCCAUAUGCGUUCGAUGACAUCUGUCUCUACUCCGAGGUCUCCUUCUUGUUGGCCAAUUGCAUGUUUCGUCUGGCUUCACGACGCUUCAUCCAGGAGCUUUUCCAGGACGUGCAGUUCAUUUCGUUGUAUGAUGAAGCUGAAGCCGUGUUGGCUAAACCACCGAAAUCUGUUCCAGCGGAGACUCCGGAGUCUUGAUACCUCCUACAAACUUUCUGAAACACCUCACCGCUGUUAUGUCCCAUCCCUCCAUUUCAUCUUCCUUCGUCCCAUGCACACAAGGAAAUGGCGGAUGGCGUAUAAACGUGGAGUGGAUGAAUGAAGAGGAUGAUCGCUCUGCUUCGUGUGUAAAAUAAUGAAGCACUUACUGGAAUAGAGAUCGACUUUUGCACAGAAAAGAAAUUCGACAAACAAGCCCCUGCACUGUGUUUUUCUACAGGGAACAGUUUACCAAAUAAUGUCUUCAGGCUGUGAAAUGAAUGAGCGCUUCGAAUGGACAAAGACUUUAAAAAUUUAGUGGACAAAAAUCCUGUUUACAUUUUAAGAGUGCUGGAUGUACAGAUGAGGAAAGGUCUGUGAUCCGGUGUCUGUACAUGUCCUGAUGUUUCAGAUCGCCGUCAUGUAAACACUACAGAAAACUCAGCGGCAACUAGGAAUUUAUGAGAGAAAAGACAAAACGUGAAUAACACAAAUGCUAUUUAUUUUUUCGUCUUUUUUGUAUGCGUGUUUGGAUUUUUAUGACUUCCAGACAAUCAGAAUUCAGUAUUUUUGAAAAGUUGCAUUGGGAAUCUGUCAUCUUAGUCGUCUUGUGAAACAUAUUUAUAAGCAGCACUGUUUAAAUCACUGUUCAAAGCGACACGUGGACGUUGACACGCACGUUUACACAGCUGAUGGAAAUCUUAUUGUGGGAUUGGCAGUAGUGUUCAGAUAUGGUGAAUAUUACAAAACCUUUUAAGAACACACCUGACACUGUAAAAAAGUUGUUUCAACUUAAAAAAGUAAGUUAUCUGGUUUAAGAUCAUUCAACAUAAAAAUAUUAGUUGAUAAACAGUAUUUUUACGUUGAAUCAACUCAAUUUUUUAAUGCAACCAGGUAACUUACUUUUUUAAGUUGAACCAACAAAUGUUUUGCAGUGUAUUUACCCCUAGUAAAAAAAAUUAUAUCAGGAUGUAUAAAUAGUAAAAAAAAAAUUAAAUUAAAUUCUUUGCAUUUCAGUGAUCGAAUUGUCCUUUACUGUAAAAGUGAAAAGUUGGAUCAACUUAAGAAAAUAAUUCGAGUGGUACCACCUUAAAUUAUUAUUUUUUACUUAUGCUUUCUCAUUUUUCAGCUCCCCUAGAGUUAAACAUUUGAUUUUUACCGUUUUGAAAUCCAUUCAGCCGAUCUCCGGGUCUGGCUGUACCACUUUUAGCGUAACUUAG